AUGGCGACCCUUGGUGAUGAUGAUGUCCGCGCCAUGCAGAUAGCAGCCCAAAGAGAUCAGAUGGUGUCCUUCGGCAGUGUCAUCUUGUUCCCGACGCUGAUUUACCAUGACAUCGGUAACUGGGUGAAACGACCAUUGAGGGGAUUCAUCGUUUCAUUGCCGAUCCCGUGCGUAGAGGCGAUCCCAGGCACCGUGAUCCCCGCGCGCCAAUCCUCCCGCGAGCUCGCCAUCCCCGCGAGCGCAAUCCUCCCGCGGCUCGGCCUUCUUCCCGCCCCUUCCCCCACCUCCUUCUCCCUCAUCCAGUUCAUCCCUGCUCGCCCGUUCACCAUCUUUCCCCAUCCACCAGUCCGUAGAGAUAGGGCAUGGCCCGAGAUCCACCACCCAUGGAUCAGCCCUCCGGCCGGUGAAUCACGGCAGCGCGCAGCCGGCAAUGGAGGCAAAGCACGCGGGGGGAAGCAGCUAGGACUGAAGAAGAGACCGGCGGCACUUGCUCCGUCACCGCGUCCAGGAGCUUCACCACAUAUUCCGCCGCCCUCUGUUGCGGGGAAUCGGUCCCCUCCAGCGCCGAAUCCCAGCGGUGGUGCUGCGACUGCCUCUCCUGCUGCGCCGCCGUCAACCAUGCAGCCACGGCCAGCGCAAGGAGGAGGAUGGGGCGCCAUACCCCCAAAUUUUGGUUUCUAUCAUGGAGACCAACAGGGCCCAAGUUCAUGGGUCUUUCCUCCAGGAGGGAUGUAAUGACUGGACGCAUUAAUAACUUUCCAAAUUUACUGUCGUAUGCAACAUGCAAGGGACGCUAAUUACUCUCUGAGCCAGACCAGGGAGACCGAAGCGUGCUAGGGGACAGGCCUGGUUUAGUCAGUGGCAUGGCUACAAAAUAUGCUAUUUUGUAGUUGGCUAAAGAGUAUACUCUAGAGCUGGUUGUCUCAACAGGAUCCGGCUAAUCCCCUUGGCGCUUGCAUAACUGCGGAAGCCGCAAGGUCUGUGUCUCUCCCAAUCAUCUCCAUUCAAGCUAGCAGAAGUAGGGCAACUCCUGCCUGAAGAAAUCCUCGUCCUGAUCCGUAACCAUGAUUCAUGUACAUCUCACCAUGAUCCACUGUGUUGCCGCCACCGAGCUGCUGUUCGAUGCUCCAUGAUGUUGCUGCUGUCUCCAUGCCGUUGUGCGACACUCCAUGCCGUUGCUGCCACCAAGCUGCUAUGUGACGCUCCAUGCUGUUAUUGCUGUGCGACGCCUCGGCGCGCCACAGGUCGACAUUGGCCACCACCGAGCCCUCCAAGUCAUUCAUCCAGAUGUCAUACGUCGCCGAUGGUUUCAUGCACACCUUUGCCCGCGCGAACCUUCUGAUCCCAGGCCCGGUUGGUUCUAGAACUACGGCAAAUAGUGACUCAUGACCACAAUCCGCAUGUCAUUGUAUAUCCCUCUCAUUUGGCAAGGUGAUGUGUUUGACUGCUCAUAGAUGCUUCCCUUGUGCCUCCAAUUCCCAUAAGAUGACAUCACAGCGCAACAUCCUAAUUAGAUAACUCUUACCAUUGUUAUGUCCUAAUACAUUUCAGUUGCUGGUUUGCUAAUCCUCCAAUGAUUUCAACAUGGUGAAACAAGUUAUAUAGAGGCUACUCGCUCAUGCCAAUGAUUGUCAAUCUUUCUCUGAGUUAUAUAUCUCAGCCACUCAAGUUGCACUGGAGUCCUUUCUCCUAUUUUCUAGAUGAAAAUUUUCUAAUCAAAAUGUAUACUUGCUGUUGACGGCACCAGUAUGAAACAUGUUAUAUAGAGGUCAUGCCAAGGAUAGUGAAGUUUCUGAAUUAUGUAUCCCACAUUUUGGAUUGAUGUAAGUAAUAAAAAUCUAGUGGAUGAAUAACUCUUGUGAUCCCAACUGGUCAAGUUGGACUCACAUUUGACUCAAUUUCGGAGACCAGAGUUUUGUUA